AUGUCAGGGCACGUUCUUCAUGGAAGAACGGUGUUUCCUGCUACUGGAUAUUUAUUUUUAAUAUGGGAAUUCUACGCUGCAAAUAAGGGCAGAUCACUGCAGAAUAUGAAGAUCUGCUUUGAAGACAUCAGAUACCAUACAGCCUCGACGAUAGCUAAAGACGGCACAAUUAGCCUUUAUUUGAUCAUUCAAAAUAGCGGGUAUUUUGAAGUAUCCCAAAGAAACACAAUUUUGGUUACAGGUAGAAUCUUUGAAGUCGAAACUUGCGAUAUAGCAUACGAAGAUGCAAUGAUUGAUCCCAAUUCGCCAGUGCUUACAGAUAAAGAUAUUUACACGGACAUGAAUCUAAGAGGGUACAACUACAAAGACCAAUUUAAAGCUAUGCAAAAGGUUAUUGGAAACAAAGCUUUCAUCGAAUGGACUGGUAAUUGGGUAACAUUCUUGGACAACAUAUUGCAAUUCAUAAUGUUUCAAAAGGAUACUAGACACUUGUACAUACCUAUAGGAUUAGCUAAACUUAUAAUCGAUGCCAAAGGUCAUAUGGAGCAAGUCAGAGAUUUGGGCAAAGGAAAUACAAUACCUGUGGAAAUUAAUUACAAUAUUGCUAGGUCGAAAAAUAUAGAAAUAACAUCUUUGUAUGAUAUGAUCGAACUGACAAAGAAACCAUUUAACGAUAUAUACCUCAAAGCAGAUCACGAACAUCAACGGUAUUAA